ACUCUCGGUAACCCUAAAACCGCUUUAAGUUUUCCGGCCACCGUGAAACUCCUUUCCGGUAAAAAUAAAGAAGUAGAACAACAAAAUGUUCUACUCCCAUACUUUUUUGGCGCGGAAAGGGCCUCUUGGCACCGUCUGGUGCGCUGCUCAUCUUCAACAUAAACUCAAAAAAUCUCAUUAUACUUCUACUGAUAUUCCUUCUACCGUCGAGAGGAUUAUCUAUCCAGAAGUCCCUAUUGCUCUCAGAAUGUAUGGACAUCUUCUGUUGGGUGUUGUUCGUAUUUAUUCAAAGAAAGUCGAGUAUUUUUAUCAAGAUUGCACUGCUCUUAACAUGAGCUUGCGGAAUGCCUUCCGUACCAUCAAUAUCAAUUUACCUGAAAAUGACAACCAGGCUCAGUUUAAUACAAUCACUUUGCCGGAGACUUAUGCACUUGACGCUUUAGAAAUAGACAAUGAUUUAUUUCGUAUUGAUGGAUCACAGGAUAGUCACCUUAAGAACUUAGAGGAAAUAACACUGCAAGAUCAAAAUCCUGCUGAGACUGAGCUUUAUGUCCGGAUUACAUUUGAUGAUGAUAUGAUUCCAGACUCGUCUCACUCUGAUCAAAGGGAGAGUGAUCCAAUGCAGAUGGAUAACGUGCCUGUAGUUUCCAUUCCUCUUAGUCCUGAUAUUCAGAAUGCUGGUCUUAACCAAGAUGAAGGCUUUCCACCGUAUGAGAUCAUGCGUGAUAACCAUGACGAAGAUAUCCUUUUGUCUACCCCAAUUCUACGGCCACAUCAAGAAACUGUUGAUCCUAAAUCAAACAUAUCUCUUCCAAAAGACACACUUGAGAUGGAAAUUGAUACACCACAGUCACUACACGCAUCAACUGGAUUACAUUCUCAGCAACGACCGCUGUAUGAGGGGCCUUCAUCUCCUACUUCAGAAAAUCUUAAUGUUUCUCCAACUCAAUUGUUGCUGCGACCAUCUUCAUCUCCCGAGAAGCCUAAGCGUCAACCUCAAAAGAGAAAAAGAGAACCGUGCUUUGAUGAGACUUUAGUUUUGACCAAUGAGGUUUUGAAAAGUAUGCUCAAUGAUUGUUCUGAUUUAGUGCUAAGGAGAAAGAGGCUACCUUGCUCUGCUUUGGGACUAUGGAGAUUUAGAGAGGAGAAGAAGAGGAAGAAUGAAGAUAUUUUCUCAGAGCCACUAAUAUUUGGAAUGUGUGAAAGCCUCCGAACUCUGUAUAACAAGGACCUCAUUGUCUCAAACCCCAAUUUGGCUGUGGCAGUACCAACUCAACAGGAUUGUGCUCCAGAAUCUAUACCACAUGUUCCUAAUGUUGAUAGGGAAAAUCAGCAUCCCCAAUCUCCUGUUCAUGCCAGUGUUCAUGUUCCUGAUGAAGGUGUGGAAAUCGAGCGUCUUCGAUCUGCAGAUCAAGAUCCAGGACAAACCAAUGUAGAAAUAUUUUCUUCUCCCACACCGUUAUAUACUCAGGGAUUUGCAGAGUAUCCUUCAUCUAUGAGGAUACCAAGUUCAGUUUCAGAGCCUCGGUUUGGGACUACCGAUCCUCAGUCAGAUCUGGGUCAUUUUACCAGCUCUACGUGCUUUGAUAUAGAAACACCCAACUUUAAUUCUGAGGGGAGGAAUGAUGAUUCAGGCAUUGCUUUGUCAGGCAUUCCAGAACUAAGAGAUUCUAGGGGGUCUGAUGAGCUCUCUUUUCUGGAACAAGAUAAUGAAAGCCCCCUUGAUUCUCGAGGUGUUCAUACAGGAGAUAUAGCGUCUGCGAGGACAAGGGCAGUGGCUCAGUACCUUGAAAAUCAUUCUCCUUUAUCUAAGUACCCAAACAGUUCUUUGGAAGAGCUAAGUUUGAACACCAUAUUGGAAGGAAGACGAAGAAAGUUAUGUGCACGGAUGUUCUAUGAAACUUUGGCUUUAAAAACUGCAGGACUGGUUGAUGUUAAACAAGAUGAGCCCUAUGGUGAUAUCAUUUUGAAGUUGAAAGCCAAAGUUUAAGGUUGCUUCAAAUGAAGCGAUCUUAAUCCGAUAACUUUUAUAUACACAGGUAUUUGGAGUCAAGAGUACGGUUUUUAGACGUUACAGAAUAAAUUAGCAUAGCCAAUAGCCAUUUCAGUUUUACAGCUUAUGACUGAAACUUGAGUCAUUCCUUCAAUCACAUGUUCCGUUCUCAUCCAUUCUGCAAUAUGUUUGUCACGUCGCGCACCUACAUUUGGCGAGACUACUAAUGGGGUGUGGAUUUUGAAACUUGCAGGAUAGAAAUGUAUAGCAGCUCAAGUGAAGUAUAAACUCUUGUUUCUUUUUUGUGUACAUAAUUGUUGAUCCAUGACACGAAACAUGAUGCUAAAUUGUUGUAACAUAGCUUUUUUCCGUUGACCCUUUUCCUGUAUGUUUUAGAGUUUUCCUUUGUAGUAUAAGGGACGUUAGAGCUUUUG